AGAUUUUGACGGAACAAGUAUGCACUCAAGUUGUUCAUAAACCCCAUCCAGAACCAGAUUCUACAGUGAAAAUACAGAAUCCAAUGAUUCUUAAGGUGGUGGCAACACUGUUAAAAAACUCCACACCAAGUGCAGAGCUGAUGGAAGUUCGACGUUUAUUCUUGUCUGAUAUGAUAAAACUCUUUAGUAAUAGCCGUGAAAACAGAAGAUGUUUACUUCAGUGUUCAGUGUGGCAGGACUGGAUGUUUUCUCUGGGAUACAUUAACCCUAAGAAUUCUGAAGAGCAGAAGAUCACAGAGAUGGUUUACAACAUAUUCCGUAUUCUCUUGUAUCAUGCAAUAAAAUAUGAAUGGGGAGGCUGGAGAGUGUGGGUGGAUACUCUUUCUAUAGCUCAUUCCAAGGUCACAUAUGAGGCUCACAAGGAGUACCUAGCAAAAAUGUAUGAAGAGUAUCAAAGGCAAGAGGAAGAAAACAUAAAAAGGGGAAGAAGGGUAAUGUAAGCACUAUCUCAGGUCUUUCAUCUCAGACAACAGGAGCAAAAGGUGGAAUGGAAAUCCGAGAGAUAGAAGACCUUUCACAAAGCCAAAGUCCAGAAAGUGAAACAGAUUACCCUGUCAGUACUGAUACGAGGGACUUGCUCAUGGCCACAAAGGUGUCUGAUGAUGUACUUGGAAGUGCUGAGAGACCAGGAGGAGGAGUGCAUGUAGAAGUUCAUGACCUUUUAGUUGAUAUAAAAGCUGAAAAGGUAGAAGCUACUGAAGUAAAACUUGAUGAUAUGGAUUUAUCACCAGAGACACUAGUAACUGGAGAAAAUGGUGCACUUGUAGAAGUUGAAUCACUUCUAGAUAAUGUAUAUAGUGCUGCUGUUGAGAAGCUCCAAAACAAUGUUCAUGGAAGUGUAGGUAUUAUUAAGAAGAAUGAGGAAAAAGAUAAUGGUCCAUUAAUAACUCUGGCUGAUGAGAAAGAUGAACCUUCUACUAACAGUACCUCAUUUCUCUUUGACAAAAUACCUAGUCAGGAGGAGAAACUUCUACCUGAACUUUCAAGUAAUCAUAUUUCUAUUCCUAAUGUGCAAGACACACAGAUGCAUCUUGGUGUAAAUGAUGAUUUGGGAUUACUUGCACAUAUGACGGGUAGUGUAGAUAUAACAUGUACUUCAAGUAUAAUAGAGGACAAGGAGUUCAAGAUUCACACAACUUCAGAUGGAAUGAGUAGUAUUUCUGAGAGGGAGUUGGCUUCCUCAUCUAAAGGAUUAGAAUAUGCUGAAAUGACUGCCACAACUCUUGAGACAGAAUCUUCUGGUAGCAAAACUGUACCUAAUGUUGAUGCAGGAAGUAUAAUAUCAGAUACAGAAAGAUCUGAUGAUGGUAAAGAAGCAGGAAAGGAGAUACGGAAGAUCCAGACCACUACCACAACCCAGGUAACUUUCAAGUGCUAUAGCUAUACACAUCUCAUAUAAUCACUCUUCUUUACUUCUGAAUACAUUACCAGUUUGAGGUCUGAGAGAUUUUUGAAGUAUAUUUCCUGCGUAGUAUGACAGGUGUCCAUCCUGCAAGCCAAUUUGCUUUGAAAAUUUCUUAUCUUUUACAUCUGUGUA